AUGAAGACCCCUCUCAGUCCCUCGCAGCUCCUGGACAACGGGCAGAUCUUUGCUUUUGGAGGGAUUUGUCAGGAGCUGAUGGACUCCCCCAUUCCUACAUCCAUGAGUCUCAAUGUUCAGCAAACUCCAUCCUCAGGUCAGAGCAGCACUUACUCCUUAUGUGAGGUGUGUAACCUGCAGCUGACCUCUGCAGCUCAGGCCCAGCUGCACUACAAUGGAAGGUCUCACCUCCGGAGGGUGAGGCAGCUCCAGGCUGGAGAGACAGGACAAGCAUCAGCAGGGACUCAGUCGAGGUCUCUUCCCCAGACCACAGGGCUCAGCUCCCAGCCUGCAGGACUAACUCCAACUCCAGGCCCCAGUCCAGGCCUCAGCGUAUCCACCAGCACAACUACAGGAAGUGGGUGUGGUGCAGUGGGCGGCACGUUGCCAGGGCUUAUAGGUGCCACCGGUCCCUCGGUGAUGAUGAAACCGUUCCUGUCAUUUCCUGUUGAGACGUCGUCGCCAGUCGGGCUUUUCCCAAACUUCAACACGAUGGACCCGGUGCAGAAGGCCGUCAUCAACCAUACCUUUGGUGUCACGUUGGUACCUAAGAAGAAGCAGGUCAUCUCAUGUAACGUCUGCCAGCUGAGGUUCAACUCUGAUUCUCAAGCAGAAGCUCAUUACAGAGGAAGUCGUCACGCCAAGAAGCUCAAGUCUCAGGAGAAUAAAGUCAAGGCCAAGCUGUCAGUUGCUGGAGAGACCGAUGGGAGCAGCACAAGCCCUGCUUGCCCCGCCCCUCUUGUUUCAGCAAACAGCAGCACCAAUCAGCACACAGAGCACUUACCCAGCCUCACCGACUCCACCGCUCCUCUCAAACCCUUCCCCCUUCUCUCCUCCUCCCCGCUUUCCUCCUCCUCCCCCUCCUCUAGCAGAGCAGGCAGCGAGCCUCCUCCCUCCAGUCCUCCCUCUGCUCUACCUGCCCCCGGCCUCUCCUCCUCCUCCUCCUCAUCUUCUUCGUCUUCCAAAGCCUCUCCGCCUCCCAAUCUCUCAGCUCCUGUCACCUCUUCGUCGCACCCUGCUCCUCCUUCUCAGGCUUCCUCCCAGGAUGCUCCUCUCUCUGCAGAGUCAGAGGAGGAGAAGGCAAAGAAGUUGCUGUAUUGCUCACUGUGUAAAGUUGCAGUCAACUCUCUGUCACAGCUGGAGGCUCAUAAUGCAGGUUCAAAGCACAAGACUAUGUUGGAAGCUCGGAGCGGUGCCGGUCCUAUCAAGGCGUACCCUCGACCCGGAGCCAAACUGAAGAAUGGCAGCACCUCAGCUUUGAAGGGAUCCGGCUUACAGAACAAAACCUUCCACUGCCAGAUCUGUGAUGUCCAUGUCAACUCUGAGAUCCAGCUCAAACAGCACAUCUCCAGUAGGAGGCACAAGGACAGAGUGGCGGGAAAACCCAGCAAACCAAAAUACAGCCCCUACAACAAACAGCAGCGCAACUCACUCACUAAGGAGCUGGUGAAGCCCUCCCUCUCCUCCUCCUUCCUCACCCCUCCCUUUGCUCCUCCUCCGUCCUCCCUAACCUCCACUAUCUCUCUCCCUCCCUCUUCCCUCUCAUCUACUCCCCUCCUUACUCCCUCCCUUACGUCUCUCUCCUCCUCCUCUCUCCUGACUCCAACCUCCUCGCCGCUCACCCCCGCUAUCUCUCUGCAUCCUCGCCCACCGGCCUCGUCGUCCCUCUUCACUGCCUCCUUCUUGCGUCCGGCUCCUGGACCAAUCAGAGCGAGCCAAGGAUCGAUCCUCUUCACACCGUACUGA